AUGUCCGCUUUCACUGCUCCGCCGCGAUACCGGAAUAGUGGUGCCUUCGUGCACGGCACGAAGUUCCUCCACUUUGGGCCGAUCAUGGAACAAGGACUGAAGGCGGCCAAGAGCGAGAUCUUCAUGAUCGACGAAGUCCGCCCGGACGGCCGGGUGCCCGGCCUGAAGGAAGCGCCCGAGAUUUUGAUCUUCAUCGACGAAGUUAAGGCCCGUAGUGAGAACAUGGAGUUCGACUACGAUGCCAAGGAAGGCACCUGGAAAACCCGUGGCAUUGACGGCGUGAUCCGCCCAUGGUUCUUCCAAAAAGUCGUGGAUCAGAGAGCCGGACCAGGUCGAGGAAACGUCCUGUUCCAGUCGAAAGAAGAUCCUCUGAUGCAGGCCAACAAGGUACCAAAGGUUGUGCGGCCAAAGUAUCUUUUGCAUGCAACUUACUGGGAGAAUGUGGACGGCAUUCUCCGAGAAGGCAUUGUGCCGGCCAAGAACCCUCUGUCGACCUCCAGAAGACCCUUCAAGAAUUUGCUUCAGGGUGCAGAGUCCCACAUCUACACCCUUCGUGGUGGCCAAAGUGCACCGAAGUUUAGGGAGGACGCGCUUCAGGAGCAGGAGCCCAAGGGCCAGGCGGAGGCUUCCACAUUCUUGGUCGACGAGGACCGCGCAGGUCUUGACAGGCGGCCGGAUGCAAUUUUCGUCAUCGACACGAAGAAGGCGAUGGACUUGGGCAUAGACUUAGAGCUGGUUCAGUCGAGCGACCGAGAGGAUAACAUUUACGUGAGAGGCAGCGUGCCAGCAGAAAUCCUCUCGUCCUGCCAGCCCAACAUUCCAGCAAACUUGCCGGAUACGCUGAAGGCCAAAAUCGUGGAUCCAAAGUCCUUUGAAGAUGUGCCGAUUAUCGACUUGUCCGGAGAUGAGGCAGGGCUUGUGGAGCAGAUCCGCUACGCCUGUGAGGUCGUGGGCUUCAUGCAGGUCACAGGGCAUGGCAUCUCGGAGGAGUUGCAGGCGAAGCAUAUGGACUUGCAAAAGAAAUUCUUUGAGCUGCCGCAGUCGGUCAAGGAGCGCUUGCAGUUAUGCGACGAGAGCCCGGUCCGGGGCUACUUCGGGCUGGGUGGUGAGGAUCUGGACCAAGUCCUCGAAAAGCAGGUCGAUGAGGCAAAUGGCAAGGACACAAUCCGAAAAGCCCGCAAGGAUCUCAAGGAGGCUUUGGACUGCAACGGCGUCCCCUUUGCCCGGCCAGUUGGUGGAUAUAUUGCUGAAAUUUUCGCACAGCCCUCGCAGCUUCCGGCAGAGGAGGAACUUGCUGGUUUCCGCGAGGUCCUGGACGAAUACGCAUCUGAGAUGUUCCGCUUGUCCAAGAGGCUCUUGGCGCUUAUGGCUUUGGCGCUUGACAAGCCCCGGGAUUUUUUCGAGCAGCACUUGACCCAGCCUGUAGCAACCCACAGACUGCUACACUACUGGCCGCUGAAGGACUACGAAACCGAGAUCGGUGUCGGAGAGCACACGGACUAUGGCCUGCUCACCGUCCUGAAACAGGAUCUGGUGGGUGGGCUACAGGUCCUCAAUGCGAAGGACGGUCGGUGGAUACACUGCUGUCCGGUGAAGAACGCCUUUGUCAUCAACUUGGGUGACAUGCUGAGCCGAUGGACAGCCCAUCGAUUUAAGUCAACCGUGCAUCGGGUUGUCACGACCAGCGCCUCCGAGAGGUACUCUGUACCGUACUUCCUAGAGCCGAACAUGGACACCAUUAUCCAGUUUGGCGGUCUUUGCGAUGGUCCUGGCACACAGACAAGUGGGGCCAGCUCUUCCGAGGCACCUCCAUCUUCCGGGCUGUUUUCGCCACCUCCAAGGGAAGCCGCAGCGCAGGAUACGGCAGAAGCAAUCCUGGAGCGUUUCUAUCGCGCAGCUUGGAUCAGCGGGAAUGGGAAUGAAGGGAAGCGAGCAACAGAUGAGCGAUGGAAAAUGAUGGAAAUCGGAGGAAAGAUCAUGAGAACGAAGCAGAUGGAACAGGGUAUUGAGGAGACGGAUGCAGAGACGUGCCCUUGGGGUCAGGCUUUGUGCUGGGGGCUCUAG